UGAGGCAGAAUGAGUGACAAGCGAUUUCAGUGGUAAUUGGUAGUGAGUAGAUAAGAGGAUGUGCGUAGAGUAUCGUGAGGUACUGCUAUGGUCACGUUGCAUUCUGCAAGAGUCAUUCUAGCAAGUGGCGAUUGUGUUGCAAGAUGUCAAGAGGAGGUCUCUGUCUGGAGGCGCAGGUCGUCAGCGAUGUGUGAGAUUGUGCUGUGGGUAUGCUUGUGGUGUGUUGGCUUUUCUGUUUGUUUUCCAUUUCAGCUCUGUCCGUGUGACCCAGGUUCUCGCAAUGGCAUCCAAGUCAACGUGUAUUGGUCGUGAAGGAAAAAAGGGUUGGAUCCCUUUUUUGCCGGGGAGUGUCAAUGGAGUUGAAGAUUGAACGAUCAAUUCUUGGUUGUUUGCUCAAAAUCAACUUCCCCAAUUUUCGCGGAGGCAUCAAUACGACAGUCAUCGUCUCAUCGGUCGCUGUUCAGAAAGAAGUCAGUAGCAAACCAUCAGAA